CCCUCGUCUCUUCUUCCCCAAGUCAAUGUCAUGUAAAACUUAAUUUCCCAAAUCUCUUGCAAUCUGGAGCCUAAAAUUCCCCAAAUCAUCGUCUUGUGUAAUCCUCUGAGCUAAUCGGCCGAUUUUUUGGGCGAAAAUGGCUACAAAUUGGGCAUCAGGGGUGCUUGCAGCUAUAGUUCAUGCUGCAUUUGGCGCAGAGCACUCCUACGCAGAUGGCUCAUUCAAGUUCUCUCCAUUCUCCAGCUCCCCGUCGGCUCCGGAUCCGGCUGCGGAGCCGACUAAGCCGCCAGACCAGCCGGCUGAGCGGCGUCCUCGGAAUGAUAAUCCUAGGACGACAUCUUCUGGCUUCGAUCCUGAGGCAUUGGAGAGGGGCGCGAAAGCGUUGAAAGAGAUUACUAGCUCUUCGCAUGCUAAAAAGGUAUUUGAAGUGAUGAAAAAGCAAGAAGAAACGAGGCAGCAAGAGUUAAAUGCAAAAGCAGCGGAAUUCAAGGCGUUACAAGCUCAAGCUGAAACUGAGAAACAAAAAGUGGUGUAUGAUGAACAGAAAAAGCUAGCUCAGACACAAGCACAAAUAAAAUCACAGAUGGCUCGAUAUGAAGAUGAAUUGGCAAGGAAAAGAAUGCAGGCAGAGAAUGAACAACACAGAGCAAGAAAUCAAGAGCUUGUGAAAAUGCAAGAAGAAUCAGCUAUGAGGCAGGAGGCUGCCAGACGAGCAACUGAAGAGCAAAUUCAAGCACAGCGUCGCCAAACUGAAAGAGAGAAGGCAGAGAUUGAACGUGAAACUAUCAGGGUGCGGGCUAUGGCAGAGGCAGAGGGUAGAGCCCAUGAAGCCAAGCUUGCCGAGGAAGUUAAUAAAAGGAUGCUGGUUGAGCGUGCAAAUGCAGAGAGAGAGAAAUGGGUUUCUGCGAUUAAUACAACUUUUGAACACGUUGGAGGGGGUCUGCAUGCAAUUUUGACGGAUCAAAACAAGCUUGUUGUAGCUGUUGGAGGUGUAACAGCUCUUGCCGCAGGAGUAUACACAACGAGAGAAGGUGCCAGGGUAAUUUGGAGUUAUGUGGACCGAAUUUUGGGACAACCGUCUCUAAUAAGAGAAUCUUCGCGAGGGAAAUAUCCAUGGUCUGGCCUAUUUUCCCGUGGCCUGAGAAGCAUCACCAGUGGCGCUAAUAGAAGUUCUCAAAACGGGAAUGGGUUUGGCGAUGUUAUCUUGAAUCCUUCUCUUCAGAGGCGGAUUCAACACUUGGCAACUGCAACAGCUAAUACUAAAGCUCAUCAGGCACCAUUCAGGAACAUGCUCUUUUAUGGGCCACCAGGAACUGGAAAAACGAUGGCUGCUAGGGAGCUUGCCCGUAAAUCUGGCCUUGACUAUGCCUUGAUGACUGGAGGUGAUGUUGCUCCACUGGGUUCUCAGGCUGUUACAAAGAUACAUCAAUUGUUUGACUGGGCUAAGAAGUCUAACAGGGGAUUACUGCUUUUCAUCGAUGAAGCAGACGCGUUCUUGUGCGAGCGGAACAAAACAUACAUGAGUGAAGCUCAAAGGAGUGCACUCAACGCACUGUUAUUUCGCACUGGCGACCAAUCCAAGGAUAUAGUCCUUGCUCUUGCAACCAACCGACCAGGUGAUCUCGACUCCGCUGUGGCAGAUCGUAUCGAUGAGGUCCUUGAAUUCCCCUUGCCCGGUGAAGAGGAGCGUUUCAAACUCCUCAAACUCUAUCUGCGCAAGUACAUAGCAGAAGCCGGGGAGAGAGAACCUGGCUUGUUCUCACAGUUCUUCAAGAAACAGCAGAAGAAAAUCGAGAUCAAGGGUGUGACUGAUGAUCUCAUCAAGGAAGCUGCUGCAAAGACUGAGGGAUUCUCCGGAAGAGAAAUCGCGAAGCUCAUGGCUAGCGUUCAAGCAGCGGUCUAUGGCAGUGAGGACUGCGUGCUGGACGCCACUCUUUUCCGCGAAGUUGUCGACUAUAAAGUUGCAGAGCAUCAACAGAGGAAGAAACUUGCUGAAGGGCAAGAUGCUGCCAAAUGAAGCCUCUGUUUUACUGAGCCUUAGUUGUUUUUGUAUAUGAUGGCCAAUUUGCCCUUGUUUAAGUUGCCCAGAAUUUUUUUAUUUCUGGGAAGCAUUUGAUUAAUUUUCAUUUAAGGGUGCAGUUUCUUGCAUUAGCAAAUAAUAAUGGCAUAUACUGUUCAUUCUGACUAGAGUUCUGAAAGAUUUAUUGUUGAUAAAUACUCCCAUGAUUAAAUCUAGCAAGAGAAAAGGUUCAUUGA